AGAAAGAAGUCAUCAUCUUACUGUUUCCUAGAUAUCUGAAGAGGAUGAGCUCCAGCAGGCUAUUUCAUUAAGUCUAGCUGGGGGCAGCCAGGGGUCAACCCAACCUAAUUUCCAACAGACACAACAAUCAGGUUGGGGAGGCCGACUAGAACAACAAGAAGCUGAAGAAGAACAGAAAUAUUUAAUGGAACAACAACGGCAAACUCAGGAAGAAGAAGAGGAGUUAAAGAAAGCCUUGGCAUUGUCUCUGGAGGGUGGAAUUCAGGCUUUUAAUCCCACCCCAUCUCCUUCUGUCAAUACAGGAAUCAGUUCUCUUAGAACUCAAUCUUCGAACCAAAGAAUUGAAGUUGACCCAGUCCGUAUUAAGGCUCCAGCCGGAAGUUCUAUCUCUGAUGCGGCAUCUAAGUCGUCUUCAGCGCAAGGAACCUCUGGAGUCAACAGAGGUACUACCGCUGGUAAAGGAGCAACAGCUUCAGGGGCAACCUCAAGUCCUCAAUCUGAUGUCGGAGGUCACACACUUGGUGGUGGAUCAACCUCAAGACCUGGAGGUGGCGCUACCAAUGCAGGUGAAGCUGAUCCGGCUGAAAUUAGAAGACGACGUCUGGCUUUCUUGGAAAAGAUGCAGAAAGACGCAGCAAAAUGAUGAAAAAAUACCAAAUGCUCACAUUAUAUUCUUAUAAUAGUUUCGAGAUAAAAGUGAUUAAGUUUCUCUUGACAAUCACCACUAAUAUUUCAAUAAUUUAAUAAACUAUUUAGACAAUAGA